AAAUUGAAACAUCGUUGAAAAUGAAACCUUUUUGCGCACAGUACCAAUGUUUUCAAUUCUUUUUUGUGAAUGCCGGGUGAAAAAGGUAUUUUCCGUAUUUAAGUCGCGUCACAAGUGUAGAAAGUUCAACAUAAGUAUCUCAAAAGUCAUUGAGACAACAUUAAAAAAUUCAAUAAAGUAAAUCAAUUCAAUCUUAUCUUACAAGUAAUCAUGCCUUGCGGAGGUUGCCAACAAAAUUGCACAUGCAAAGACAAGAAAUGCGGAGCUGGAUGUGAGUGUGCUAAGGACUGCAAAUGUCCAUGCAAGGAAGGAAAGAAGGAUGACUGCUGCAAGAAGUGAGCGAUGACUUUAAAAAUCAUUCCAAAAAAAAAAUCAAUUGCAUUCGAGGAGAAAAUUUUCUUUUCUUCUCAAUUGAUAUGCUCGCUAAUCUCAGUAUAAUUAUAUUAUGUAAGCUUCAUCCGAAUACAAUCCAUUUUGUGCAUCAAUAAAAAUAAAAAGUUUCAUUUGGAAAUUUAAUUAAAUUUUUGUUUUAAAUCAUUUUAGGAAUUUUUGAGAUUUUUUUGGAAGCUUUUUACGAGUUUUCUUUCAGAUUAGGAUUUUUUGCUACUUUUUUCUUGAGAUAUGUUUUUAAAUUCCUUAAUGAAUGUUAAUUAAAUUAAUUUUUUAUUUUCUAGAACAAGAACUUUUAAAUUGCGUAUUUGCUAAAUUUUCUUCUUAUUGGAUCAAACUUUUUGGAUGAAAAGAAGUUGAAUCACCUGUAUUCUAUCAAUUGAUGUUAA